AUGACUGCCGUGCUGCGGCUCGUGAUCGAGUUUGCGAGCUUUGGGCGUGCCAAUGGGGGCACAUUGCUCGCACGCAAGAAUCCGGGCUUGCCAGGGGAUGGGCAGACUCACGUCCAACUCUCCCAGUCGCGCAGCACAAGAGUAUGCAAGAACACACAGGGAGUUUCCACACAAGCCGGAAGCCGUUGGCAUGUGCUGAUGGUCCGAAAGGCACAGGCCGUGAUCCGGUUGAACCAGGAGUUGAGAACAGCGAGGUCACGCGCAGAGCUUGUAGCCACCAUCAAGGCAAAGGCCGAGGAGUUUGACAGCCGCCAUGUUGCAACUGCAAUCUACACGCUUGCCAUGCUGCCGCCCAGGCGAGGCAACACAGCAUGUCUUCGCCAUACAGCCGCCGCAGUCGAGUGUCUCGCUGAUCAGCUGGCCAAGGAGCUGGUCGUGCACGGCUUCGGGCAUCGCAGUCUGUCAAACGUCUGCUGGGCCGUCGCGAAGCUCAGUGGAGAGACUCCACUGUUGGAAGCCCAAACAGUCUCCUUGUCUUCAGCCGCCGCUGGGCUGACUUCGCAGAUGAAUUCCCAGGGCCUGUCGAAUACAUGCUGGGCCUUGGCAGUCCUGAGGCUGCCGUUGCAAGAAGGUGCCAGCUUCUGGCGGUCGGCCGCAGCGGCCAUGCUGUGCUUGGACACUGCAGAGCCCCAGCAUUUGGCAACCCUGCUGUGGGCAAUGGCAACCUCGCAAGUGGAGGACAGAUUUCCCAUGGUGGGCGACGCGGUGGAAGCGAUUGUGCGGCAGGCCUGCAGCAUGUACAAAGAAAUCUCGCCACAGAACUUGGCAAUAUGCGCCUGGAGCUUUGCAAGGCUGGCAGAGGCCCCGGAACCACUUCUGACACUGCUCUCCACGGCAGCACUAGAGCGUGGACUCGAAGGCUUUCAGCCGCAGGAAAUUUCCACAGCUGCGUGGGCUUUUGCACGCAUCGCCGAGGUUUCCGAGAAAGAAAGCUAUGAAGACUUCCGUCUGCGACUGGUGAGGGCAGGGUGCGCCAGGCUUCCGGAGUUCACCCAGCAGGGGCUGUCAAAUCUGGCCUUCGCGUUGUCCUCGUCCAUGCCUCCGCCCCGGCCGCGAGGCAAACAGCGACAGGAUGGCGGCCCGGAAUGA